AGACACCUCACUUUUUCUCUCAAUCAUCAUCAUCUUCAUCUUCAACGCUUCUCCAAUCUAAAUAAUACUAGUACUAGUAUUUGUUACUUGCACAAUACUUACUACUAUUUUCUCUCCUUCCAUUUUCUCACUCCCAACUAUUCAGGGAAGUUUGUUACUCGGUUGUUGCACAAUAUUAUUUUUUUCAUAUUUUUUUUUCCUGGUUGUGUCUUAUUAGGAAAAAAAAAUAGAUUUUUUUAUUUGUAUAAAAAAGAUUCUAGGGCUUGACCAAUUGAUUUAAAAGUCCUUGGGUUUUGCUGCUUCAAGAUUUCAGCUGUUUCUCUGAGACUGUGAAUCUCUGCUGAAGACGAUUUGCGCCAUAUUACGCUUGUGCAAUGAGCUGAAGUUCAUCCAUCAAAUCCACUUUCAAGAAGUAUGUUUUUGUACCGAUUUCUUUAUCUGACGGGGCUUGGUUAGCUUUUUCGCCACUUCCAAAGAUAUCAAGAUCUUUAGCUGCUAAAAUCUGUUGGCUUGGAAGGUUUAUUUGCAGACAUGCCUUCUCUUCAGCUUCUUCAGUUGACUGAACAUGGGCGAGGCCUUCUGGCUUCUAAAAGGAAAGCGCUGCUGCUUACAACAGGUAUAAUUGUUGCUGGUGGAACAGCUGCUGCAUACAUGCGGUCAGGGAGAACCUAUAGGGGGCAUGAUUCUACGCAGUGCAAUGGAAUGAAUGAUGAUAUAAUAGAGCCAAAUAAGCAGAUCGCAAAGGGUAAUAAUGUGAAGAAAAGCAGGCAAAAGAAAGGAGGUUUGAAGUCCGUCAAAGUUUUAGCAGCCAUUCUGCUAUCUCGAAUGGGCAAAAUGGGUACAAGAGAUCUGUUGGCUCUGGUAGCCACAGUGGUGUUACGAACUGCUGUAAGCAACAGAUUGGCAAAAGUGCAGGGGUUUCUUUUUCGUGCUGCCUUCCUCCGGCGUGUGCCAAUGUUCUUCCGCCUCAUACUUGAAAAUAUUGUGUUGUGUUUCCUCCAGUCAGCCCUGCAUUCGACCUCUAAAUAUAUAACGGGGACCUUGAGUUUACGCUUCCGGAAUAUCUUAACAAGGCUUAUUCAUGCACAAUAUUUUCAGGAUAUGGUGUACUAUAAACUGUCCCAUGUUGACGGCCAAAUAACACAUCCAGAACAGAGAAUUGCAAGUGACGUACCCAGGUUCUCUUCAGAGCUGAGUGAUCUUGUACAAGAGGAUCUUGUAGCUGUCGCUGAUGGGCUUCUAUAUACUUGGCGCCUGUGUUCGUAUGCAAGUCCGAAGUAUCUUUUCUGGAUUUUGGCGUAUGUUCUAGGGGCAGGGGUUACGAUUAGAAACUUCUCACCUCCAUUUGGGAGACUAAUGUCAAAAGAACAGCAACUGGAAGGGGAAUACAGACAGCUUCACUCACGAUUAAGGACCCAUGCAGAAAGCAUAGCAUUUUAUGGUGGUGAAACCCGAGAAGAUUUCCACAUUCAGCAGAAGUUUAAGACUCUAGUUCGGCAUAUGAAGGCCGUUCUUCAUGAGCACUGGUGGUUUGGGAUGAUUCAGGAUUUCUUGCACAAGUAUCUUGGUGCUACAGUUGCUGUUGUCCUGAUUAUUGAGCCCUUCUUCUCUGGCAAUUUGAGACCUGACGCAUCCACAUUGGGACGAGCGGAGAUGUUGAGUAACUUGAGAUAUCACACAAGUGUCAUAGUAUCCUUAUUCCAGGCGCUGGGAACCCUUGCGAUAAGUUCAAGACGACUCAAUCGUCUAAGUGGGUAUGCAGAUCGUAUUCAUGAGCUCAUGGUUGUUUCUAGAGAUUUAGGUGGACGUAAUGCCUCUUCCAUACAAUUUAACGGGAGCAAUUAUGUCACUGAGGCAAAUUACAUUGAGUUCGAUGGGGUUAAGGUUGUUACUCCAACUGGUAAUGUGUUGGUAGAGGACUUGAGCCUAAGGGUUGAAUCAGGGUCUAAUCUUUUGAUAACAGGUCCAAAUGGUAGCGGCAAAAGCUCACUUUUUCGAGUCUUGGGAGGCCUUUGGCCACUUGUUUCUGGCCAUAUUGUAAAACCUGGAAUUGGUUCUGAUCUGAAUAAGGAGAUCUUUUAUGUGCCUCAACGUCCAUAUACAGCUAUUGGAACACUACGUGACCAGAUUAUAUAUCCUUUGACUGCUGAUCAAGAGGUUGAACCGCUCACACGAAGUGGCAUGGCUGAACUUCUUAAAAAUGUUGAUCUUGAGUAUCUUCUGGAUCGCUAUCCUCCUGAAAAGGAGGUAAACUGGGGUGAAGAAUUAUCUCUGGGAGAGCAGCAAAGAUUGGGGAUGGCUAGACUUUUCUACCAUAAACCAAAGUUUGCCAUUCUGGAUGAAUGUACCAGUGCUGUGACAACCGAUAUGGAGGAACGCUUUUGUUCAAAAGUAAGAGCGAUGGGAACAUCAUGUAUCACUAUCUCCCACCGCCCUGCUUUGGUUGCAUUUCAUGAUGUCGUCUUGUCCCUGGAUGGUGAAGGAGGCUGGAGGGUUCACUACAAGAGGGCAGAGGCUCCCAGUCUCACAGACUCAGAGUUCAAUGAGGACCAGUAUAAUGAGACAGAUCGUCAAAGUGAUGCAAUGACUGUGCAGCGUGCAUUUGAAAAUGCAAAAAAGGGCACAGAAUUCUCCAAGUCAGAGGCCGAAUUGUAUUUCUCGGAGUUGAUAUUGGCAUCUCCAUCUGAAGCUGAUGAGUCCUCCUUGCAUGUGUUUCCACAUCUUAAGAAUGUUCCAAGGAUACUUCCAUUGAGAAUUGCUGCCAUGUCUAAAGUUCUGGUACCCAGACUGGUAGAUAAACAGGGGGCACAGUUCCUCGCGGUCGCUUUACUUGUGGUGUCUAGAACAUGGGUUGCUGAUCGCAUUGCCUCUUUAAAUGGAACAACUGUGAAAUUUGUCCUGGAGCAAGAUAAGGCGGCAUUCGUACGUUUGAUUGUUAUUAGUGUCCUUCAGAGUGCUGCUUCCUCCUUUAUUGCACCAUCUCUGAGGCACUUGACACAGACAUUGGCACUUGGAUGGAGGAUUCGUUUGACCAAGCACUUGUUGAAGAACUACUUAAGAAAUAAUGCAUAUUAUAAGGUAUUUAACAUGUCGGGUGUCAACUUGGAUGCGGAUCAGAGAUUAACUCAAGAUCUGGAGAAGCUAACCGGUGACUUGUCUAGUCUGGUAACUGGUAUGGUGAAGCCAACUGUUGACAUUCUGUGGUUCACAUGGAGAAUGAAACUGCUAACUGGACAGAGAGGAGUUGCUAUAUUAUAUGCUUACAUGUUAUUAGGUCUGGGUUUCCUGAGAUGUGUUACUCCUGACUUUGGUGACCUGGCAAGUCGAGAACAACAGCUUGAGGGAACUUUCAGGUUCAUGCAUGAAAGGUUGCGAACACAUGCUGAAUCUGUUGCUUUCUUUGGAGGUGGUGCUCGUGAAAAAGAGAUGGUUGAGGCAAGAUUUAAAGAACUUCUUCAUCACUCUUCUUUGCUUCUUAAGAAGAAAUGGUUGUUUGGCAUAAUAGAUGAGUUCAUCACAAAGCAGCUUCCUCACAAUGUUACUUGGGGAUUGAGCCUGUUGUAUGCAGUGGAGCACAAGGGCGAUCGGGCUUUGACUUCAACUCAAGGUGAACUCGCUCAUGCACUGCGAUUUUUAGCAUCUGUUGUGUCUCAAAGCUUUUUGGCUUUUGGUGACAUUCUUGAGCUCCACAAAAAAUUCAUCGAGCUUUCUGGUGGUAUCAAUAGACUUUUUGAGCUGGAAGAGUUUCUAGAUGCUGCUCAAUAUGAGGUACCUGAAGGUGUUUCUUCAUCGCCAUCCUCGGAGGAUGUAAUUUCUUUCUCUGAAGUGGACAUCAUUACACCGGGACAAAAAAACUUGGCUAGGAAGCUAACUUGUGAUAUAGUGAAGGGGAAAAGCCUUCUUGUAACUGGCCCUAAUGGAAGUGGAAAGAGUUCAAUCUUCAGAGUCCUUCGCGGUUUAUGGCCAGUUGUGAGUGGAAAACUUGUUAAACCAUGCCAGCCACUUAACUCAGAAUUGGGCAGUGGAAUCUUCUAUGUACCCCAACGACCAUAUACGUGCUUAGGAACCCUACGGGAUCAAAUUAUAUAUCCUCUCUCACAUGAAGUGGCUGAGAAAAGGGUACUGGCUUCUUUGCGAGAAGGUCUGAGACCGCAAGGGUCUGCUAACAUUUUGGAUUCUCAUCUGCAAACAAUUCUUGAGAAUGUUAAAUUAGUCUACCUUUUAGAAAGAGAAGGUGGCUGGGAUGCUAACCAGAACUGGGAAGACAUUUUAUCUCUUGGAGAACAACAACGAUUAGGAAUGGCACGCUUAUUUUUUCACAAGCCACGGUUUGGAAUCCUUGACGAAUGUACAAAUGCUACUAGUGUUGAUGUUGAAGAGCACCUUUAUAGGCUUGCUGAGGGUGCUGGCAUUACUGUUGUUACAUCCUCACAGCGCCCUGCUUUAAUACCUUUCCAUUCUCUGGAAUUACGGUUGAUUGAUGGUGAAGGCAAGUGGCAGCUCCGUUCAAUUAAGAUGGAGGAGCAGGAAGACGAACCAAAUGAAUUUACACAACAAUUGUGACUACGAUGAUGUAUUCCAAUGUUGUGAAAAUGUUCUCGGAUGGGUAUAGUGGCAAUAAUUAAUGAAUUAUGCAUGUAAUACAUUGCAGUUAGAUUGAGGCUAGGAAACUAUGCAGUUAGGGUAUACAAAUAUUUAAGUUGUUUCUUGUAAUAUUUCAUAGAGGAAAACAAGUUUGUGUAUAGCGCCUUUGUCCCAUGGUUGUAAAAGGUUUUAGGCUUAAUCUUUCCGGUCAGCCCCCCAUUAUAUAAAAAUGGGAGGUAGAACUGAGGCUGACAGAUUUACUGAUAUUAUCUUCGACAUUUUACAUUAUAUAUGAUGAUAUUCAUUAGCAGGCUCA